GACCUCCGGCGCUAUAUAAGGCCGCCGACGGAUCCAGAGCGACAUUCUCCCCAAAAGCUCGAUACCAUCGACACCAUGCUGUCUCUGUCUGUGCUGGUUGCCCUGGUGGCUGUCUGCUCGGCUCAGCCGGUCGAGUACCCGGAGGGCGUCAGCCCUGCCGCUUGCCCGAACUACCCGUACUGCGGCACUGAUGCCAACACUCUGGCCGCCAUCCAGCUGGCCAGCCUGGCGCCGUCCGUGCGUCAGUACCCUGCUGGAGUCAGCGCCGCUGCCUGCCCCAACUACCCUGACUGUGGCUCCAACAGCGCCAUCGUCAGCCCCGCUGGAGUGCCCCUGACCCGUCAGUACCCUGCUGGCGUCAGCGCGGCGGCCUGCCCCAACUACCCUGACUGUGGCUCCAACAGCGCCAUCGUCAGCCCCGCUGGAGUGCCCCUGACCCGUCAGUACCCUGCUGGCGUCAGCGCGGCGGCCUGCCCCAACUACCCUGACUGUGGCUCCAACAGCGCCAUCGUCAGCCCCGCUGGAGUGCCCCUGACCCGUCAGUACCCUGCUGGCGUCAGCGCGGCGGCCUGUCCCAACUACCCUCACUGCUAGUUGUGCUGGUGCGGUGUUGGCAGCAGAGCUGUGAGCCAGGGUGUCUUCAGCGGUCAGUCAGAGGGCAGUUUGCCAGUCAGUCAGUCAUUCAGUCAUUCAGUCAGUCAGAGACGCCCGGAGCUGUGGCCACUGGCCGGUCCGUAGACCGGAGCUGUGGUCGCUGGCCGGAAAGCAAAGAGCAUUGGGAGAAUAUUCAUCAUCAAAGUGUCGUGAGAUGUUGUAAUGUGUUGCGGAGUUUCCGUGGCCCUGAGUGAGUCCGUGGAGCCCGCUAGCACCACAUAACUCACGAAUGUAAGUCACUGUCACAUUUCUGUGAUCGGUUCGGGACCAGGUGAAGUGCCUUCCCGGUCCGUGUCUUACGCAGUAGUCGAUAUUUUGUUGUAAUAAAAUACGAAGUCAUUCA